CAGAGAACAUUAUCUUAUACAUAUUAUAAGCGUGGGCUAAUUUUAAUCUUGCUUUGCAGUGGUACAAGUGAUCUCAUAUACAUUCAAACCUAUGGAUCUCCUGCUCUUGUAGUGGUACAGGAUUUAGAAGUUCUGCUUGUGUUCACCGAUUUAGAAGUGCGGGACCGGAUAUGGAGGGAAAACAAAUGUGCAGGACAAAUAUCUGCAGCCCUUGGGUCAAACAUGUCACAAGAAAUAUAUCGAGUUUUGGUGGUGGACAACGAUGACACUAGUCGUGCUGAAAGUUGUGCCUUUCUUAAGGGAUGGCAAUUAUAUGAUGUGAAGGCCGCAAAAGAUGCCAAUGAGGCUUUAAGCAUGUUGAGGGCCGAGUUUUUUCAUCUAGUUAUAGCUGAAAUAGACCUUCCAGAUAUGGAUGGUUUUCAGUUGAUGUGGCAAAUUCAUUCACGAUUCAAGUUGCCUGUUGUUUUUAUGUCAACAGAUAGAAAUGUUGAGGCUAUUAUCCAUGCACUUGAUGAAGGGGCAAUGCGUGUCAUUACGAAGCCUUUUGUGGCAGAGGAUUUUAGAUAUCUGUGGCAACUUGUGAUUUUAUGGCAAAAUAAAAUUCAGGAGGAGAAGGGAAAAGGAAAGGCAGAUCCAGAUCCAAAUGAAGAUGUUGGCACAUCGUCAUCUUAUCGUCUCAUUUAAUGAUGAAUGAAGAUAAUGAAGAAGACAGACAAUCACAAUUUCACAGAACUAUAAAUCUAGUAAUUAUGCUAUAGUAGUGACCAUGAGUCCAGAAUUUUUAUUAAAGCAUCUUUAUGUAUGCAAUAGCUACAAAAGUGAAUGGUUGUUCAUGUAUUUCCUGGAUCUUUAUAUAAAUAGUUGUGAUUAUAUUUGG